AUGAACGCCUUCCAGCGCGCACUUGCAUAUGCUAUUUUGCGCCCGCUGCAGGUGCUCCUGUGGUCGCCAUGGAGACGGCUCGCAUACGCGUACAUCCGCCGGCACAACGGUGUCCCAGCUAAGCUACGUGCAGUCAAGCAGCUGGCAGCUAACCUUGAGACAUCGCUGGACAACUACGAUCCGAUUCUGCUCCUGUCGGCCACUGAGCUGGCACGCCGCAUCCGUUCCCGCGAGCUGACUUCUGAGCAGGUCGUGCGGGUGUACAUUGGCCGCAUUCGCAAGGUCAACCCGUUCCUCAACGCUGUUGUUGCUGAUCGCUUCGAGCUGGCAAUCGAGGAGGCCCGCAAGAUCGACGCGGUGCUGGACAGCGGCGAUAUUCCUGAAGAAUACCGCAUUGAGAGUGCGCCGUUCUUGGGUGUUCCAAUUACUGUCAAAGAGAGCAUGCGUGUCAAGGGCAUGCCAUUCCACUGGGGCAUGCCUUGGCUUCACAAGUCUGAGGAAAGUCCUGCCAAACAGUCAUCAAAUGACGUUCUCAACCUCACAAACGCGGGGUUUAUAGUACUAGGUGUAACCAAUACCCCCGAGUUGCUUUUGGCCUGGGAGUCCGACAACACCAUCUACGGUCGCUCGUUCAACCCGUACGAUCUGAGCCGCAACACUGGCGGCAGUUCGUCAGGUGAAGGCGCCAUCGUCGGUGCUGGUGCUUCUGUUGUUGGUCUUGGAUCGGAUAUUGGUGGUAGUAUUCGCAUGCCUGCCAACUUCUGUGGCAUUUACGGCCACAAGACUACCUCCGAAUGGGGCCCGGAAGAGAUUGAAGGCUUCUUGUCUGCCAGAACUAAGGAGACUGCUGGAUGCCUGUCCACAGGUCCAUUGUGCCGCUAUGCUGAAGAUAUCGCGCCGUUUGUCUCUGCUUUGAUCGGUCGUGAUAUCGGCGACCCCAAAUCGGUUGACCUGAGAAAACUGAAGGUCGUCACCUUCCCUGAUGGAUUUGGGUGGCAACUUUUGCUUUCGAAUGUCGAGUCUGAUGUGCGCCAGGCGGUGGUAAAUGUUGCUGACUAUUUGGGCAAGCAGGUUGUCGGGCAGAGCAACGUUGUGUUUGCCAAGACCCCACCAUAUGCUGAAGCUGCCAGCCGAUCGUAUGCACCGUACAUUUCAACUGGCGAGACCCCAUUCCAGCAAAUUCUUGUCGGACCCGAUAGCCCACCGUUCAACUGGAGACGUGAACUUGUCCCGUUCCUGCGGGGUAAGUCCAGCCAUACGCUUAACGCGUUCAUGCUGGCCAUCCUGACCUCGGCCACCGCUGAUGGCAUCACUCGCGACAUGGUCAAGCCGUUUUGGGACAGUCUCGACAAGUACUUCAGCGACCUCAUGGGUGACAGCGGUGUGCUGAUCUUUCCGACGUCGCCGCAGAAAGCGCAGCCCCAUGGAAUCACCUACUUUAAUUUGCCAAACUUCAUUUACACAGGAGCAUUUAAUGUCCUGGGCUACCCAUCAACGCAGGUCCCACUUGGUCUUAGCGAAGACGGUCUCCCCCUUGGCGUGCAGAUUGUGGCCAAGAAUGGCGAGGAUCUGAAGACAAUCGCUGUUGCUCUGGCCCUGGAGAAGCGGUUUGGUGGCUGGGUCCCUCCUCGUCGCUUUGGUGCACCGAUUUCCGCAAGUGGCACGGAGAAGAUAUAUGUUCACCAGUAG